AUGUGGACCAGAGACAAGAGUUUACACACCAGAGGCUUCUCGACGCCGCCUCCGACAUGGAAGUCAGGGCCGCCAAACCCUCCGAUGGUGCCAAUGUCGGAGAGAAAGAGAGUGUCGCCUUCAGACGGAGGCGAUCUUUUUCAUGUCAUGCAUAAAGUGCCUGUUGGCGAUUCUCCGUACGUCAGAGCCAAACAAGUUCAGUUGAUAGAAAAGGAUCCAAGCAAAGCCAUAUCCCUCUUCUGGGCUGCUAUAAAUGCGGGGGAUCGAGUUGAUAGUGCCUUGAAAGACAUGGCAAUUGUGAUGAAACAAUUGAAUCGAUCGGAGGAGGCAAUUGAAGCUAUCAAAUCUUUUCGUCAUCUCUGCCCGCAUGACUCUCAGGAAUCUCUUAACAAUGUGUUAGUUGAACUGUACAAGAGGGCGGGGAGGAUUGAAGAAGAGAUUGAAAUGCUUCAAUCCAAAUUGAAACACAUUGACGAAGGUAUAGCUUUUGGUGGAAGGAGGACAAAGACCGCAAGAUCUCAGGGGAAAAAGGUUCAAAUUACUGUUGAACAAGAGAGAUCAAGAAUACUAGGAAACUUGGCCUGGGCUUACUUGCAGCAAGGUAAUUACAAAACUGCUGAAGAAUAUUACAUGAAAUCUCUGUCAUUGGAGCUGGAUAAGAACAAGCAGUGCAAUUUAGCAAUCUGCUUGAUGCACAUGAACAGACUUGCAGAAGCAAAAUCUCUGCUUCAAGUUGUAAGAGCUUCAUCUGGAAAUAAACCAAUGGAUGAAUCUUACGCUAAGUCCUUUGAGCGUGCAAUUCAGAUGCUGACUGAACUAGAGGCAAAAUCAGUUUUAAGACCAAUUCAACUGGAUGAAAACUGCUGCAAAGAAAUUUCAAGAUCUCCUAUAUCACCCAUCAACAGAAACUCGAAACAAGUUAAUAGCUUCACAAACGAAGGUCAGCAUUAUGUUUCUGGAUGCAUGAUCUCUAGAAGAUGGGCAGAUGGACAUGAAGAAGAGACUGUAUCUGUUAAUAAGUGGAAGAAAGAUUGUUAUUUCAAAAACUCAUGUGAGGGCAGGUCUAGUUUUUCCAGCAGAAUGAAGGAAAAUCAGGGUGGUAAAGUUGGAACAGAAACAACUCCAUAUUCAAAAACAUUCUUUUCUCCAGCUCCUGAUAUAUGGAAUCGAGAAGUUCUAUUUACACAACCAAGAAGAUCUUCACGGGGAUUUAAUGAUGGACAUCAGACUAGGGAAAUAUGGGGACGUGGUGUUGGCAGUUCAAAUAAAAAACUUUCAUUUGAGCCAUGUUCAAGACCAGAAAACAUGCGAGCACAUGUUGUUCGAAGUCUCAAUGAAGAUUUGCUAGCUUCAACAACUGGAAAGUCAGAAGUGGCAUUUCAAAACUCAGUAUCUAGUAUUACUUCACCAAUUAGCAGAGAUUUGAGGAAGAGGCCCCAAAAAGAUGCAGCAGUACGAUCUGUUUUGCAACCUAAAUCAAGUGGAAAUUGGAAGUGUACUUCUCGGGCAAAUGAUGGCUGUUUCCAACUGAAAGAUGAAGCUGUGGUGGUCAAUUCUUCCCAGAAUACUGUGAAUGGAGACUGGAGAAGGACCAGUUGGGAAAAUGGUGGUAUGAAGAAAUCUGCAGAACCACAAAUGGUAGGUGAAGAUGCAAAAGCACUAGAAAUUUCCACUGAUGGAGGUCAGAAUCAGAGUUCUGAUACAACUGUUUUAGGCAGCAUGGAAUGGAGGAAUGCUUUUGUGGAAGACUGCUUUGGAGAGAACACUUCCAGUAAAGUAGAUGAUGUCCAUCAACCUGUAGCAGAAAAUCAAAAGUCGGCCCUUGAUUUUUCAAUGUACAGUAAGGGUAAGAAAAGUUGGGCAGAUAUGGUUGAAGAAGAAGAACAAGAAUUGCUGAAUGGAAGAACUGAGUAUUUUGAUAGUUGGAAUACUGAAGAUGGGUUUAACAAUGAGAACCUGAAUUGCAACAUAACCCCUGAAAGUCCUUGUCUACAAAGUCAAAUGAAAAGUUUGGGCCAAAAGCUUCAAUCCACUGAUCUUGUAGAUGAAUAUGUAUCUGGAAAUGCUGCUUCAUCAAGGAAUUCUACCGUGCGCCGUUCUUUGUGCUUUGGUCAGCAGCAGGAGCAAGAGUCAGUAGAUUACAUCAGUUCAUCACCAGUUCCAAAGGAGGCUUUGAAUUUUGAAGGCUCUGACUCUGUGGAGGCAACUGGGAAGGGUUCUAUUUAUGGAAAGAAUUCGAGUUUCAGUAGGAGAAAAAGGUUGCAGAGUUUCCAGGAUAUAACUGAAUUUCAAGACAGUCCAUGA